UUGAGGCCGGUUGAGGCGGCGUUAGAAGAGAGGACGACGACCAUAAAGAAAAAAUUGGGGGUGUUUCUUUCGUGUACCCUCGUCCUUAGCAUCGACUGCUCUACAUGCGUAGACGAGUGGAAUGAACGUAAAGGGACGUAGUGUUUAACUAUGGUUCCUUUUAGGCACUGCUGGAAACAUGUUUUCGAUUCUUAAGCUCCAUGCUUACCGUAUUUAAGAUGGCGCCUCUGAAAGAAAAGUCGUGGUCGUCAUGGUAGCGUUAAUCAGGAAUGUUUAUAGACAGUUGAAGAGGAAGCACUGUAUAGUGAUUAAAUAUUGUGCUGAAAUGUUAAGGAGCGAGACAAGACAUUACUGUGACCUUAUGGAUGGAAAACCUGCAUUUGGACUAUUAUUUGAUAUAGAUGGUGUGAUAGUACGUGGAAAGAAAGUAUUGCCUUCCGCAUUGGCGUCUUUCAAAAGACUUAUUGAUUCUGAAGGAAAGUUCCGGGUCCCAACAGUGUUUGUGACUAAUGCUGGAAAUGUCAUGAGGCAUGAGAAAGCAGAACAGCUCUCUUCAUGGUUAGAAAUUGAGGUAGAUGAAGAGCAAGUGGUGAUGGCCCAUUCACCCCUGAGAAUGUUUCAGCAGUAUCAUAAUAAAUGUGUACUGAUAUCAGGCCAAGGUCCUAUUGUUGAAAUAGCUAAGAACAUUGGCUUUAAAAAGAUUAUAACGAUUGACCAAAUGAGAAAUACGUUCCCAGUGCUGGAUGCAGUGGAUCAUAAACGAAGGAUAUCAGUGCCAUGCACAUUUGAACAGUACUUUCCCAGAAUAGAGGUGAUUAUUCUGUUUGGGGAGCCAGUAAGGUGGGAAACAGCACUACAAUUGCUUGUAGACACACUCAUGACAGAUGGAGUGCCUGCCCAUCCUACACCACAUUUGGUGUAUCCACACAUUCCCCUUUUGGCUUGCAACAUGGACCUGCAGUGGAUGGCAGAGGCAAGGAUGCCAAGGUUUGGCCAUGGUGCUUUCCUGCUCUGCCUUGAAAAUUUGUACAAGAAGAUAACGGGACACAAUUUAAUAUACACUGCUUUGAUUGGGAAGCCGAGUGAGAUAACAUAUCAUCAUGCACAUCAUAUGGUUGUUAGGCAUGCUAAAAAUAUUGGAAUUGAACACUGCAUGAAAAGGUUAUAUGCUAUUGGAGAUAACAUUUAUACCGAUGUGUUUGGUGCAAAUUUAUAUGACCGUUAUUUGUCAAGGAGAAAUGUGCAAGAAAGCAAAAGGAUCGCGAAUCUAGAAAGAAGUGUUGAAGAAUUACUUGUGUCUGAUACCUCAGUCUGGGACUAUAGUGCAGAAUCUUGCUCAAGCAUUCUGGUUCAGACUGGAGUGUAUUCCAAGGGCGUUCAAAACAGAAUGCUUGAUCACUCACCACGUGACUUCUUGCCUGUUGAAGAGAAGCUACGAGCUCCAAAAUUCACUGUACAAAAUGUUGCAAAUGCAAUAGAUUUAAUUUUCCAUAAGGAAGGCUUUCUUUGAUAAAUGCGUGCACAUAAGUACUGCCAUUUACUCUAUGAGAAAGCCCAAAAUUACACCACUAGGUUCUGUACUAUAUAGUGUAGCUACUGGCAGUAUUGUGAAAUAACUCACAGCCCCCUGCACUGCCACAGAGUGCUGGAUUUAUUGUCUGCAGAGGCAGAACAAAAUGCAACAUACAUAGAGCAUUUUUGAAAUAAGAACCAUUUGUGCACUCUACCCAUGCAGGUCAUUGACUGGCUGUUGUUGAAGCUCAAGAGCUCUCAUCAGACCCUCUGCCAGGUCCCUAGUGUUUUUCAAUUCAAAUUAUUUCAAAUUCAAAAAUAGAUCCAAAUACAGGCUGGGAAACAACCAUUGGAUAUAGAAUGAGUCACGGAUCAAAAAACAAACAUUCAAUUCCCACAGGAACAGUCAAGGCAUUCAUAAUAUAAAACAAAAUAAAAAAAAGAACAUAUCAGCCAUAUAUACAACAAAACUCCCCCGGUAUAGAACUCAAAGGUUUCACAAGCUCUUUUUUCAUUUUUAUUACUCAUCUAUUAUUUCCAUAAAAUCCAACACUUUAGGAUGUGGAAAAGUCAUAUUGGAUAAAUAAGCAGUACAAAGAACUAAGUCAAGACAUAAGAAUAGAACCAGAAAACAAUUAAUCUUACCGACUAGUAUAUACAACAAAUUCAUCCACAGUAUAAAAUGGGUGACAAGUCAAGGCAUUCAUAAUAUAAAACAAAUAAAAAAAAGAACAUAUCAACUAUAUAUACAACAAAAACUCCCCUAGUUUACAAAAACAACACAGAACCAAGACAUCGUAUGUUUGCUGAGCUAUUGAGUGAAUUGGUGGCUGUGUUAGUGUUUUAUGAAAAAAAAAACAUGUCAAUCACUAAUCCCACCAAUUGUGAGGUGCAUUCAGUGAUUUCUGUGAUGAGGGGACAGUCCAGCUUGUGCAACAUCUGGACAAAUGCCUGAAUCGCAAUUGGGACUACAUAGAACAAUAAACAUGUUGUAUCUAGUAGUGACACUAAAACUAUUUGGAUGAAUAAAGUUUUCUUUUGUUUAUACAAAAUGGUUCUUACUUUAAAAUUGACUCUCAUACAUUUUCCCUAUGUGUCAGAGGUUUAAAAGAUGAUUUUACUGGGUCUUUUAAUGACAGGACACUGACAUUCUUUUGACUCAAUGUGAACUGUUUUGAACAUUAAUUUUUCCACGAGAUUUGAGGUUCUCACAGUAGAGGUUGUUCAGAUUACAAAUUUCUAGAAUGUGACACUGUGUAGUUCAGUAGGUAGAAAUGUUUCAGAGGAACCUGUUGCCACUGUCUUCAGAAGAGUGGAGGAGUGAGCUGAGAAGGGGAAAUUGGCAUGUGAAAAGGGGAGGGAGGAUCAAGACCAGGCAGUAAGUGAACCAUUUGGAAUCAAUAGUGACAAAAAUGGCUGUUUUGGAAUGGGAAGAAAGGAAAGAAGCAUGUGAGGAAGGAUAGUGGGGGAAGGUUAUUUUACAGCACUGUCAGUAGCUAGUGCCAAAUGAUAGUGUUAGAGAUGAGUAAUGAGUUGGAGAGAGUUUGAAGGCAGCAGUAAUGGCCUAAUUGCAGUACUCUCCUGGAAUUUGCCUGGAGGAACUGAAGAAAAUCACAGAAGCCAUGCACCUUCCAAAUAUGACUGCAGAGUAAUUACCACUUGUUGGGGGAGAGUUAAAAAUAGGUUAAAACAUAAUAAAAAUUAAUAAACAAAUAAGGAACAUUUGCACAUUUGAAUUUUUAAAAUUGAUCAGUAUUAUAAGGCAAUUUACUGAUGCUGUAUGCAGGUAGAUAAUUUUUCAUUAUUGAAGAUACUUUAAUGGCACAUUAUUUCGAAAGUAUUCAUUGGGUGUAGGCAUUUGCAAGGAAAAAAGUCAUUUAAUAGAUCUCUGCUGAAAUCUGUGAAGAGAGGACUUGAGACAGAGGCAGAGGAAUAGCCGCUGGUGGAGCCCUUACCAGGAAACGUCUAGUAACAAGACUGAGAACACUAGACUCUGGGCUCUAGUAAAACGUUGAAAUAGCUAUAAUGUUAUAGUCAUUUGUAGGUACAAUGUUACAACCAGUGAGUGGUCAGUAAAUCUGUUCACCAAUCCAAACCCUGUUUAUAUUCACACAACUACAUGACAACUGGUUUUAGAAGUGGGAGCAGUUGGAAACUAUAUUGGAUCAUUGUAUGGUCAGCCUACAAAAACUGAACAAGUGUUAACUCCUGAAAGCCAUGCAAGAAAUGAUGGAAAGAGAUAGAUAUCAACCAAGCACAAAUGAGAACCAGCCAAGCCAAGGAAGACAACAAUCUAAAGGAAAUGAAAGAAGAAAUGAUGGCAAGCCUGGAAGCCACGAUACAGAAUAACAAAGAAAGGAUGGAAGCUAACAACAAAAAAAUGGAUGCCAAGAUAGAUGACAGUCAAUAAAAGAUGGAAGCCAGGAUAGAGGCCAAUACUGAGAAAUUUGAGGUUUUCUGAGGUACUCUAAUCUCUCAGAUGGAUAACCACCAAGCCAAGAUAAUGUCCACUCAAGAAGAAAUGAAAGCCGGGCUGGACAUACAUCAAAAGAAGAUGGAGGCUGCAAUACACUCCAUCUGGUCUGAGUUAGAGGUCGUCAAACAUCAGUUGGAAGACGUCCUGUCAUGUGUCAACCAAAAGAUGCAGGACCUCAACAAGGAACUCACUGAAAACACUGAGGAAAUGCAGGUGGACUUAUGGACAGUAAAGACGUCCUUUGAUACAUGGACCAGGAGUCUCCAGGGUGAUAUAACAUACACAAAGAAGGAUUUUCACAAGGACACAGAGAAUACAAGGAACAACCUCCACAAAGAGCAUGAGGCUCUGGAGGACCACUUUGGAGACCAGCACUUUGCUGCUGCAUAUUGCAGUUGGCUAAAAGCAAGGACCCAGAGUGUUGGAAUCCUUGCAAGAAUUUGCCACAGUCAUUGAAGAGCUUGCCCACUGCACCUUCCCCACACUACCCAAGAAUUACAUAAGUAGGGAAGUAGGCAAAGUGUUUGCAGAUAGCUUAGAAAUCCCACCAUGAAAAUCCACAUGCUGCUGGAAAUGAGGCUCUCAGGUAGGCCCUUAAACUGCAGGCCAUAUUCCUAGAUGCCAGACCCCACAGAACGAGUGCCAGAACAUUUUGGAGGAUUUGAUUUCCCCCACUGGGGUGAGAGACAGAAGACAGUCAGCGUGCUGUAGCUGUGGAGAAACAGACCACUUCUAGGUUAGCUGCCCUAUGGAAGGGAGGCAGAAAACAUAACUGGUGUGGGAAAUUAGAUGAAAGACCACUGAGGGACACGUGGGGACUGCCAAUAAAGUGUGAUUGGUGACCAAAUAGCAAAAGAGAAGGAGAGAGGAGGGAUAACCAGCCAUCAGAUGAGGGCUGGCUGAAAAUUGUGAAUGCCAGUGUGUACCUUAAGGGCCCCCAUCACAUGUUGAUUGUCAUUAUGGAAAAGGCCUACCUUAGCCUGCUCACACAGGGCUGGGUCAGUGAUGAAACAUGCCAUGUGACGUGGACACCAGGGCAUACAUGAUUGGCCAGUCCCAACACUGCCACCCAGUGUCCCGGAAGACAGCCAAACCAAUGUUACACACUGCAGAUGUUAUCUGGGGAAGCCCUCCCCAUCUUUGUCAUGUGUCAUUUAUUUACAGUUCCAAAAAAAAUCCAUAGAGGCAUCUGCCUCAGAUACAGAACAAGUCAAUAAUACAA